CUUGUCCUCCGCCUUUACUUUCACCUCCCGUCCCCACUCUCACCACCUGUAUCUCGGUUGUAUCUCGGUGUCCGUUUCUUUCCUCCGAUACCUUUGCCUGCAAGAAAAGCAUGUUCUGGUCAUGACUGGCAAGAAUGAAGACCCGGGGUCUUCACAGACUACCCCCACGCCCGCGAACGACGCCAUGAGCUCCAAGACCGGCGCGCGGCGUCUCCCUCCGCCUGAGAGACCCGAGGCUAUCCAGACUAGAUUCAAAGUCAUUGCUGCAUUCUGGGCCGUCAUUAUAUUCCUAGGGUUGCCGAUAUGGUGGAAGACGACAUCUAUCUAUCGAGCUAGCCUGCCCAUCCAAGAUAUGGUCGAGUGGGCGGAUGGAAAGACCUGUCGUCCAGUAUUUCCCCUUCAGAUUCGCUUUGAAACACCGUCUCUGCCAGAGUCGGAGGCGAACCAUCUCUUACGGACCACUCAGCACACUCUCGAUGAUCUCAACGAAUUCUCCGCCCAUCACCUUCGCCUGAAACUCUCAGACAACAAUACCGCCGCUAGCCAUGAAGAGAUACUAGGGCAAUCGCAGUCUGUCGCGUCGGGAAAGGCCGAUACUACGUUAACAGUCCGAUUGCUACCCCAGGAAGAUUUGGCGGCCCCCCGAUCUAAGCUUCAUCCAGGCACAACCCAGCUCGACGUUUAUUACCCUCCAAGUCAGAUCCCGCCCCCUUCGGCGUCCAACCCGCCCUUGUCAACCUAUAUCGCAGGGGAAUUGCAAAAUUUGUUUACGGAAGAGAAGGCAAUCAUUGGGCAGAUCUUAUCCGACAGCAAUACCGGGGGCGCAAAUACCAACAUUCCGCCCUCGUCGAAUAACCAGCAGCAACCAUCCGCUACUAUCAAUUCCAUCACCCCACAGCUCGCGGAGCGGAUCACCAGGCGUUUGCGGCGGUCUAUGAAAUAUGCGGAAACGUAUCACUUAGCCUUUUCCCUAUUUACACCUGGAGCCGAACCUUCCUCGUGGGAUGUCAAGGCUGCCGUCGAGGAAUACAUAUCACCGCUCUUGGAGGCCUUUGCACCUAUAAGUAAUUUCACGGUUGACACCCAAGUUCAGCUCUAUGCGACUUUUGCUCCCACUGCGCCCCUACCAGAAUACGAUGAAGCACAAGCUGCAUGGACGCUGAAGAAGGAAGAUCUCAGCGCAUUCAUCAACGCGGCUGAAUGGCCUCUUAGUCCAAGUAUCGGGAAUGGACCGACCAUCAACUUCAUUCUCUACGUUCCUGCGCCAUCCCAAUCGCCCAUGGUUGUGAAGGAGAGCGGUUCAACCAGCUGGAUUAUCCCCCAGUGGGGUGGUGUCUUCCUCUUGAACCCUCCACUGUCGGCCGCCGAUCAUCCAUCAAACCCACCACACCUGUCUCAGGAGGCUCUCCGUCCUGCAUUUCUAACCUUCUCUCAUCAACUUCUCAUACUCCUUGGCGCCCCCGCCACACCCACGUCCCUUCCCUUCCGUCUUCAAACACUCAUCCGGAUCCGUGCUGCCGCCCUUCUUCUCUCCGCCUCGUCAACCAUGGGCUCCCUUGCCCGUCUCACCGAGUCACUCCCCUCCAUUCCUAUCCCAGCUAAUGUAGCGACGUCCGUAUCCACUACUCUUUCCCAUCUCGCGACCGCAUGUGAACAUCUUCGCGAGGGCCGCUUUCAAGCGGCGUUAGUGGACGCCCGGGUGGCCGAGAAAGAAGCAGAGCGUAGCUUCUUUGAAAAGAGCAUGGUGGGCCAGGUUUACUUCCCUGAUGAACAUAAGGUUGCGGUUUAUCUACCCUUGUUGGGCCCGAUUGGUGUCCCUCUUCUUGUAGGGCUUCUAAAGGAACUAAAAAGGGUUGUUACCGGCCUGAAGGCCAAAAAGCGACGGCCAUAACUUUUUACUUCAUUGUUAAUUGUAUCAUAAAUAGCAUCAUCUUCUCUUCCAAUAUAAACGUUUAUUCAGUUAUAGCCAAUCAUGGAUCAUUAUAUCAAACGAGGCUCGAUGGGACCAAGGUGUAUAUUAAGUAGGAGUGGCUAUAGUUUCAAGU